AUGGCGAUCUUCAAAUAUUUCGCUGUUAUAUUAGCGCUCAGCGCGAGCGUUUCUGCUAUUGUGGGACCAUCAAACGCGACAAAAUCAACAUUAUCAAAGACUGAUUCGUAUUUAGAUGCUUAUUCUAAAUCUCGCAUUGAAGCAGAGAAGGCGAAACAAGGUGUUGUGAUUAUAACAGCUAAAGAUGGCGAGAAGAAGAUAUCAAACCGUGACGACAGUUAUCAAUCUGGAUACGAUUACUCGCCGCCGUUUUCAAGUGACAGCAGUUUUAGCUCUUCUGGAUCAUCAGGAUACUCCGGCCCUUCUGCGUCCAACAGCUAUUCUCCAUCACCUAGUUACGGAUCCCCUGUGAAAUUUGAACCAGAAAUUACAUACAACGCUCCUCCAAACACAUACGGCCCACCUGCCCCUACCUAUGGACCGCCAGCACAUAGCUACGGGCCCCCGGCUCAGUCUUAUGGACCUCCAGCGCAGAUGUACGGACCCCCAGCGCAGACUUACGGGCCACCGAUUCACAAACCUUUGCCACCACCAAUAUACGGCCCGCCUCUGAAGCCAUCUUAUGGAGUUCCUUACACGGCACCUGCAUUAGGGUUUUUAGACAAACUGGCAUUCAAAUUGGACAUUUUGACCAUUGCGAAGUUACUACUGAAAUUUUUGAUAUUUAAGAAGCUCGUGACUAUGCUCGCAGUUGUUUGCAUGUUACUGGUGAUUCCGAAGCUGAUCUCAUUUAAGAAAGGCCCUACUGACGGAGGUGGCACUGACGAGGACGAGCGAAGCUUUGGUGACAAUAAAAUGGUGGAGUUGACAUCAGUGCAACAGUUUGUGGAACGAGCCAUCACCGUGUACGGGCGGCAACAGGCCAACUGUAGCGUCACGUGCCGCGUGCGCAGGGUGGUCGAUGAUAUUUACGAAUUCCAACCCUAUUUUAGGGGACAAUCUUCAUAG